ACGGCGACACCUUCUCGGAAGAAGAGAGGGAAAAUGGGUUUCAUCAUGGAAUUUGCGGAAAACUUGGUAUUGAAGUUGAUGGAAGACCCGAAGGAAAGAGAUCGGAGGUUCAGGGAGCACGUUUAUAGAGUGAAGGACAGGUGCGAGAAGACAAAAGAGAUGUGGAGCUACCCCAUGCGGCCCUAUGGUUUCUGGACAUUCGAACGCCACAAUUCUCAGCUUGCAUGGGAUGCCCAAAUUAGCCAAGUUCCUGGUAGGAGGGACCCUUAUGAUGAUCUCCUCCAACAUUACUCCGCCCCACCUAAAUGAGUGUUGCUGACCUUGCCUCUAGCAUUAUUGGUGGAAAAGGAUGAAUUUGUUAUAAUUUCCGCUUUUAACAUACUGGUUUGUGCUUUUUUAUUCCUCUAUUUUGAAUAAAGGUUCCAUAUAACCAUGGUGCUGGCAGGAUUUUUUCCCUUGAGAUUCUUGCAUUAUUUUGCAGUUCCUGGCUAUAUUUCUAUUUAAACAAUGUUUCAUCUCUAUUUAAUGGUCUAUUGUGUCGUAAUAGAAUGCAGCUAAAGGUUAGGUUUGUAAUGGGAGUGGAUUGUCUAAUUUUCUGGUGUCAAUGUUACUACUUAGUUUGGAGCGUUU